GUCUCUCACAUAGCUGACAUAGCUCCCAUCUCUUUUCUUUCUUUCUUUCUUUCUUUCUUUCUUUCAUGCAUCUCCGGCAAUUUCAUCUCAUCGCUCUGUGUCUUCCGUCUUCAAUCUUUAGCGGCAUCGGCACUCUUCUUCCCCAUCGGUGACGGCCACCCCAGCGCCUAAGCGCAAACCAGUUGAACACGCUGCAUGAAUAUGCCUGACAUGGAGCAAGCUGGGGAAGACGUGCAGUCUCUGAUGGGGCAGCUUGCUCAGGCAUUUAUUGAAUUAGAAGCACGGAAGGAGGCUUCAGAGACUAAAAUCCAGUGGGAUGAAAUUAAGCAACAUUUCCAAGAGCUUGAGGUGACAAUGAAUAGGAAGCUUGAAGAGAUUGAAGCCAAGGAGAAGGAGUACGAACAGAAAGAAUUAGAAAUGAAUGCAUUACUUGCUGAGAGAGAGGCAGAGGUUGCUUCUAGAGAGCAGGACCUCCUGGAUCGGGUUCAAGAUCUUAAAGAUGCCGCUGUUUCUGCCAUUGUGGAGGCUCGUGCAAAUCACCAGACUGCGACUUUGGAGUCUGUAGAAAAUGGGGAGAACAAAGAAAACAAGGUAAGCAGCUCUAUUGGUGAUGCUAAUUCCCCAGAGGAAGACUUUCCUCAUAAAUCAGGUGAAAAUACUGAUGGCGUGGCUACUGAGAUUAGGCCGCGUCCAGAGCUAACUCAGUUUUGUGAGCAUAUGGAUGCAAAAGGUCUUCUGAAUUAUGUUCUGGAGAACGAACAUAAUCUCUCUGUUAUUCGUGAAGAUAUCUGUAUUGCAUUAGAGCAUGCUACUGAACCAGCACGUUUGGUGCUGGAUUCACUAGAGGGGUUUUACCCCACCAAUGAAACUACCGAACCAAAAGAUAAAAUGGAUGAUGCCCUUCAGGGCAUGCGCAAAUCCUGUAUUAUAAUUAUGGAAGCCAUGGCCAAUUUAUUGGCAAAGGCUGACCCAGGUGCAGACCACCUUCUGAACCCUGAAACUAAGCAGCAAGCCAAGGCAAUUGCUGAUGAGUGGAGGUCCAAGUUAGCUAGCGCAGACGUUGAUGCUGCCAAUGGAAAUUCAUUGGAAGCAGAGGCUUUUCUGCAGCUUCUUUCAACUUUUAGGAUUGCUUCAGAGUUUGCUGAAGAACAACUCUGCAAGCUUUUACAAGCUGCUGCUCAGUGCAGGCAGGCACCUGAGCUCUGCCGAUCUAUUGGGUUAACUCACAAAGUGCCAGCUAUUGUAGACUUAUUGAUAAAUGAAGGGACACAAAUUGCUGCUGUACAUUUUAUUCACUCCUUCCAGCUUGAAGAAGCAUUCCCGACUGUGCCUCUUCUGAAGGUAUAUCUCAAGAACUUGAGGAGAAACUCACAAGUCCGGGCUGGAAAUGUGGGUGAUAUUGCAAUUGCUAAGAAUGAUGCCAAUGCAAGAGAGUUGGCUGGACUGAAGACAGUGAUCAAUUGUAUCAAAGAAUACAAUCUUGAAGCUGACUACCCACUUGAUUCCCUUCUGAAAAGGGUUGGUCAACUAGAGAAGUCAAAGAAUCCGGAUAGAAAGAGAAGUGGAGACUUUAACAAGCGUCCUCCAUCAAAGAAGCCGAGGAUGAAUUCAGGUUAUCAUCGUUCAUCUGGGGGUAGCGCUGCUCCGGCCGGUGUUAUGGUUAGGCAACAUCCACCAGUUAGGGCAGCUGCAUAUGCAGGGAUUCCAGAUAGGUAUCCUCCUGCUGGUACUGCUAUGUAUAAUUAUCAAGUUCCUGGCCAAGCUAUGUACGCUCAACCAUCCAAAAGCCAUGCUUCUAGGCAUGUUUUGUUCCUGUUAACUUCAUUUGGAAAUUCGAAAGAAUUUAGUAUGUGUGGGAGGAAGUUUCGCAUUUGA